AUGACUAGCAAAACUCUAAGUAGCACUUUGUGGCUCCUUCCAGGCAUUUUCCUGUGUUUCCCAUUCUGUCCUCCUUUGAGUGGGCAGCAUGUGACUGAGCUUCCAGGUAUGCUCCACUGUGGGCUAAGGAGCUUCCAGUUUACUGUGAACCUCAGUCUGGAGGCAGGGAGUCCUAUGCUAACAACUUGGGAUAGCCAAGGGCUGCCACACAGGCUAAAGAAUGACUCCGACUGUGGUACGUGGGUGAUGGACAGUCCUGAUGGCUCUUUGGUGUUAGAAGCUACCUACAAUGGCUGCUAUGUCACUAUGAGCGGCUCCCACUAUGCCAUGGAAGUUGGAGUGCAGGAGGUGAAUGUAACUGGACAUAUGGCAGGGUCAAGGAAGAGACUGCUUAAAUGUCCUUUGGAUCUUCAAGCCCAAAACACUCUGAAUACUGAAGUGUGCAAUCCUGUGCCAGUAAAAGAAAGGCUUCCCUGUGCUCCCUUGCCCGUCUCUCGAGGAGACUGUGACAAGCUGGGUUGCUGCUACAUCUCUGAAGAGGAAGAAGUGGGCUACUGUUACUAUGGAAACACAGUGACCUCCCAGUGUACCAGAGAGGGUCGCUUCUCCAUUGCUGUGUCCAGGAAUGUGACCUCACCACCCCUGAACUUGGAUUCACUGCACUUGAUCAUCAGGAGUGACAGUGGAUGUGACCCUAUAAUGGCAACGCCCACCUUUGCCUUGUUCCAAUUUCCAUUUACUUCCUGUGGGACCACAAGGCGGGUCAUUGGAGACCAGGUCGUGUAUGAAAAUGAGCUAUUGGCCACUCAGGAAGUGAGAACUUGGGGUAGUGGCUCUAUUACCCGAGACAGCAUCUUCAGGCUCCAAGUCAGCUGCAGUUACUCUGUUUUCAGCAACACAUCCCCAAUUAACAUGCAAGUGCUGACUCUCCCACCACCCCUUCCUAAGACCCAGACUGGGCCCCUCUCUCUGGAGCUUCAGAUUGCCAAGGAUAAAACCUAUGGCUCUUACCAUGGUGCUGAAGACUACCCACUGGUGAAAUUUCUCCAGGAUCCUAUUUAUGUUGAGGUCUCCAUCCUUCACAGAACAGACCCCUCUUUGGAGCUACUGCUAGAGCAGUGCUGGGCCACACCUGGCCCUAACCCUUUUAAUCAACCACAAUGGCCAAUCCUGGUAAAGGGAUGCCCAUAUGCUGGAGACAACUAUCAGACUAGAAGGAUCGAUGUCCAGAAAGCAUCAAGCCCCUUUCCUUCUCAUCACCAACGUUUCAGCAUCUCCACCUUCAGCUUCACAAAUGCUGUAAGGGAGGAGCAGGCUUUUGGCGGACAGGUAUACCUGCACUGCAGUGCAUUGGUCUGCCAGCCUGCUGGGACACCAUCCUGCAUGGCAAUCUGUCCUGCUUCCAGGAGAAGAAGAAAAUCUGAGCUUUAUUUUAAAAACAACACUGCCAGCAUAUCUAGCAAGGGCCCUGUGAUCUUCCUCCAAGCCAUCAAGGACCCUAAAGACAAGCUUCAUAGAUACUCAAGCAUCUCCACGGAUUCCCCUGCUCUGUGGGUUGUAGGACUUUCUGCAAUCACAAUCAUCAUUGGCGUCUUGUUAGUAUUCUACUUGGCCAUCAGAAUACUAAGAUGA